AUGGGACACUCAAAGAAUAAAAAGGGAAAUUCUUCGUCUGGUUCUGAAUUUGGAAAGGAAUCUGAAAGAUUUAUUUCAUUCCUGCCAAAUAGUGUGACCACAGUAUUGGCGAUUUGCUCUUUUAUAGCAGCCUCCAUCUCAUCAGUUUAUUUUAACAAUAAUGUCUUUAAAAAAGAAAUCAAGUUUCCUGUUUUUGUUUCAUGUGCUCAACAACUAAUUGGUAUGAUUAUAAUGAGCAUUUUUGGUUUGAUAAGAGUGGCAAUCUCAAAGUCUGGAAGUAGUAAUGGAAAAGACGGAGUUGAAGGGCAAGCAAAUAACUCAACAGUAUGUAGCUGGAAGAAGGUGAUGUAUGCUAUUCCAGUUGCAUUCUUUUUCUCUUUCAAUAUAUCAUUCAACAAUAUUUGUUUAACUCAUGGCAAGGUUUCAACUUAUGCUAUGGCUAAGUCCACCACAUUAUUGUGGUCUUUAUGCCUACAGUUCUUAAUCCUAGGAAUCAGGGUUAAACUUACCUCAUUGAUUUCCUGUGCAAUUAUUAUUUCUGGUGUUCUUAUUGGAGCAUUUGACCCAAAAUCCCUUGUUUUGGUCUCUCUAGUUUAUGGUUGUAUCUCGUCAUUCUCCCAGAGUUGCUAUAAUAUCACUCUCAAGUGGGUUCUUCCUAAGAUUGGUAAUGACUCUGCAGGUCUUCUUAAGUAUGUCCAAAUGUGGUCUAUUCUCUUCUUUUUCAUUCCUAUGUUUGGAACUGGAGAAGUUGUUCCAGCCUUCACAACCUCUGGCUGUUUUGAUUUCAGCAACUUAAACAAAAUGGUUUAUCUCUGGGGUCUUAUUACUACAUCUGCUCUCCUUGCUAUUGGUGUCAACCAAAGCACUUAUGUUGUUAUUGGUUUAACCACUCCAGCAACUUUCAAUGUUUGUGGUUUGGUUAAACAAGCUUUGCAAACCAUCGGUGGAAUAUUCUACCUAAAGGAAACUUUGCCAACUCAAACAAUUAUUGCAGUUUGUCUCACAUUCUGUGGUUCUGCUUCAUAUACUGCAUUCAAUCACUUCGGAUCAAAACCUUCUAUGUCACCAUCUGAGAUGAAGGUUGUUGAAGAGAAAUACAAGGAAGUUGCAAGACAAUCUGUUGGUACUGCUUCUGAUGUCUUCGAAAAUGCCCAGGAUGAUAUCCUUAAAAGAAGUGGAAGCAAGACUAAGAACGAGACCACCACCCCAUUCACUUCUAAAAACUUAGAAGCCAUUCCUCUCAAAGAUGAUAUCGAAGAAGGUCUUCCAACAGGAAACAAUGAAAACAAAAACUAA